AUGCUCUGUCCAGCAAUGGCUGUCCAACAACUCGCUCAUACGAAAACACCGUCAUCAGAUCACCGUCCACGAACUGUCCAUGGUGUUGACCCCAGCCCAAUAGGACACUCCACGCAUCACCAAUACCCCUCGCCUCGAAAGCAACGCUUCGGACGCCUUCUCCUCAAACGCACGCAGCCCAUGCCUUCUUGUGCUCCGGAAGCUCUGCGGAUGGGGCACGCAUCCCGCGCAUCCCAACGCCAGCCUCCGAACUGCGCCCCGCUGCGACCCGUACCCACCCCCCGCCCUGCCUGUGGCGCCCCGUUGUGA